AUGGGAAAAGAGCAAGAAGUGGGCAAUGUUCCUUCCUUACUACACAUUGUGGACCAGCAUCAGGAGCAGCUGGUGGCCCGGGUGACAUCAGUGGACCCUCUCUUGGACAAGCUGCAUAGUCUGGUGCUGAGUGAAGAUUCCUGUGAGGCAGUGAGGGCUGAGACCACAAACCAAGACAAGAUGAGGAAGCUUUUCAGCUUCAGCCGGUCCUGGAGUCGAGCCUGCAAAGACCAGUUCUACCAAGCUCUGAAGGAGACCCAUCCUCACCUGGUCAUGGACCUCCUUGAAUUGUCAGUCCCUAAACAAAGCAAGCCCGAGACAACCGGCAGUCCUGUGGACUCCCAGGGUUGGGAGCUAGCCCAGAAGUAUAUAAAAGCAAGGAGAGAGACACUUUACCCCACAUGGUCACUGAAAGGAGAAAAUUUGUUCCAAAAUUUCACAAACCUACUACUCUUCCAAAACUUGUGCCCAAGAAGCUCAGAGAACAUGGUCAGGAAAAGCUGGCAUUCCUGUGCACCAGAAGAAGGACAUAUGAUUGAGAUUCAAGACUUAUUUGGCCCAAGCAUAGGUACUCAGAAAAAGCCUCAAUUAGUCAUAAUAGAGGGGGCUGCUGGGAUUGGGAAGUCAACACUGGCCAGGCAGGUGAGGAGAGCCUGGGAAGAAGGCCAGCUCUACAGGGAUCGCUUCCAGCAUGUCUUCUUCUUCAGCUGCAGAGAGCUGGCCCAGUGCAAGCAGCUGAGUCUGGCUGAGCUCAUAGCACAAGGCCAGGAAGUGCCCACAGCUCCCAUCAGUCAGAUCCUGUCUUGCCCUGAGAAGCUGCUCUUCAUCCUGGAUGGCAUAGACGAGCCAGCAUGGGUCUUGGAGGACCAGAAUCCUGAGCUAUGUGUGCACUGGAGUCAAGCACAACCUGUGCACACACUGCUGGGGAGUUUGCUGGGGAAAUCCAUCCUUCCUGAGGCUUCCUUAAUGCUCACAGCUCGGACACCAGCUCUACAGAAAAUCAUUCCUUCCUUGGAGCAGCCAUGUCAGGUGGAAGUCCUAGGAUUCAAAAAGGUUGAACGGGAGGACUACUUCUACAAAUAUUUUGCAGAAGAAAGAGAUGCAAUUACUGCUUUUAGAUUGGUUGAAUCUAACCCAGUGCUCCUGACCCUAUGUGAGGUGCCCUGGGUGUGCUGGUUGGUCUGCACUUGCCUGAAAAAGCAGAUGCAGCAGGGUGGAAUACUCUCACUGACCUCACAGACCACCACAGCCCUCUGCCUGAAAUACCUUUCCCUGACAAUCCCAGGUCAGCACCUGAGGACCCAGCUUAGGACCCUCUGCUCACUGGCUGCUGAGGGGAUCUGCCAAAGAAGGACCCUGUUCAGUGAAAGCGACCUCUGUAAGCAAGGGUUAGCAGAGGAUGCCAUUGAUACUUUCCUGGAGAUCGGUGUCCUUCAAAGGCAGCCCAGCUCUCUGAGCUACAGCUUUGCCCACUUGUGUCUCCAGGAGUUCUUUGCAGCGAUGUCCUACAUCUUGGAGGAUAGUAAAGAAAGAUUUGGUGAUAUGGAAAAUGACAGAGUUAUAGAAACACUGGUAGAAUGGUAUGGAAGACAAAACCUGUUUGAGGCACCCACUGUGCGCUUCCUAUUUGGUCUUUCGAGUAAGAAGGGAUUGAAAGAAAUGGAAAAGUUCUUUUCCUGCAACCUUCCUGGGAAGAAAAAGUUUACACUGCUAUGGCUCAUCCUAGGGAAAUCCCAAACCCAUCCACCACAUUGUCUAGGUUUGCUCCACUGUCUGUAUGAAAAUCAAGAAAAAGAGUUCCUGACACACAUGUUGCAUGAUCUUCAAGGAUCAGUAGUGCCUGGCACAAAUGAUAGGGCAUAUACAGUGCUCCAGACAAACGUGAAGCACCUGGUGAUACAGACAGACAUGGAGCUCAUGGUGGUCACUUUCUGCAUUCAGUUCUCUCAUGUGAGGAGUCUUCAGCUGAACAGGAAAGGACAGCAGGAACAGAAGUUGCUGGCCCCCAGGAUGGUUCUGUGCAGAUGGACCCCAAUCACUGAUACCAGUUGGAAGAUUUUCUUCUCCAAUCUUAAAUUCACCAGAAACCUGGAGGAGCUGGACCUAAGUGGAAAUCCACUGAGCUACUCGGCAGUAUGCAGUCUUUGUAGGGCCAUGAGACAGCCUGACUGCCAACUAAAGACCUUGUGGCUUGUGGACUGUGGCCUCACAUCCAGAUGCUGCUCAUUCCUGGCCUCAAUGCUCCGUGCCCGCUCAAGGUUGGCUGAACUAGACCUGCGACUGAAUGACCUUGGUGACAACGGUGUGAGGCUGCUGUGUGAGGGGCUCAGGAAUCCUGCCUGCAACCUCAGCAUCCUGCGGCUGGACCAGGCCUCUCUCAGUGAGAAGGUGAUUACAGAGCUCAGGGCCCUGGAGGCAAAGAAUCCGAAGCUGUUCAUCUCCAGCACAUGGACGCCACACAUGACGGUGCCCACUGAAAACACAGAUGGAGAAGAGAGCCUGACCUCAUCCAAGCAGCAGCAACAACAAUCGGGAGACAAACACAUGGAACCUCUGGGGACUGAUGAUGACUUCUGGGGCCCUUCAGGACCUGUGUCUACUUGAGGUGGUUGACAGAG